UAAAAGGCAGCGCGCCAGUGAGAAAAACAACAGAAAUCAAAUCGUGCGACCAUGAGUGGAAAGAUCAUCUUCUUCGAGGAGAGUAACUUCCAAGGCCGCUCUUUUGAGUGCGUCAGCGACUGCUCUGAGAUUGCCUCUCACUUGAGCCAAUGCAACUCCUGCAGGGUGGAGAGCGGGACAUUCAUAGUCUAUAACCAGCCCGACUUCAUGGGCCAGCAGUACCUCCUGACCAGGGGAGAAUAUCCCGAAUGCACGAAUACCUUUGGCUUCAACGACUGCAUUCAGUCCUGCCGCAUUGUCCCUGCGCACAAGGGACUUUUUAAGAUGAGGAUCUAUGAAAGACCAAACUUUGAAGGCCAGAUGCACGAACUGACAGAUAACUGCAACUCCAUCCAGGAUAACUAUCACAUGUCGAGCAUGCAGUCCUGCAACGUGAUGGAGGGCUACUGGUUGAUGUUUGAACAACCGAAUUAUGAGGGCCGGAUGUUUUUUCUGAAGCCAGGAGAGUACAGGAACCUCAGAGAAAUCGGCAGUAAUGACAUGAAAUUCAAUUCAAUCAGACGUAUCACAGAAUCUUAACUGUCCCAUGACUUUUGGUUGGCUAAAAGGUUUUGCAGAUGGUUUGUCAGAUUAAUAUUAACAAAUUGUCAAAGGCAAAAAGAGAAGGCUUUGUUUUUAUCCUGAAACUGUGAUUUGUGCAUUGUUUGAAUGUAGUUUCAGCUGUAAUGUAUAAUUUACUGUGAAUUGACCUCUUUUACUGUGU